AUGGCUAUUAUUUCUCUAUUGGCCACAAUAGGGUACUUUGAGAUUUUUGUAGCAAUCUUUUGCUUUUUUGUCUUGGCUUUCCAAGGCAGAAGUAGCUUUAUAUGGAACUGGCCAUUUCUUGGGAUGUUUCCAAGCCUUGUUUUCCAUAUACAUAGAAUUCAUGAAAGGAGUGUAGAGGUUCUUUCAAGAACUAGGGGUACUUUCUUGCUGAAAGGUCUUUGGUUUACUAAUAUGGACAUUCUUGGUACAGUGGAUCCUGCAAAUGUACAGUAUAUUAUGAGUGCAAAUUUUACAAAUUUUCCAAAGGGGCGCGAACUCAGGAAGAUUUUUGAUGUUCUAGGUGAUGGAAUUUUUAGUUCUGACAUGGAUCUGUGGAAGAAUCAAAGGAAACUUGCUAGAGCAUUGAUCACUCAUCAGAGAUUCCACAAGUGUUUGACGAAAAUCAGCUUGGACAAGGUAAAAAAUGGCUUGAUUCCAAUCCUUGAGCUCAUUGCUAAAGAAGAUAGAAUUGUUGAUUUGCAAGAUGUUUUCAAGAGAUUCACCUUUGAUACGACGUGUAAAUUACUCACAGGAUUUGAAUCUUGUUGCCUCUCUCUUGAAUUCCCGGAAGUUCCCUUCUUGAAAGCCAUGGAUGAUGCUAAAUAUGUUGUAUCCAUCCGAUAUUUAUUGCCAGAAAGUAUUUGGAAGUUGCAAAAAUGGCUAGGAGUUGGGCCUGAAAUGCAACUAAGAAAAGCUUCGGAUGUUCUUGAUCGUGUUAUAGGUGAGUAUAUAUUGAUGAAGCGCGAAGAAUUGAGUAGAGUUGAAAAAUGUAAGGAAAACGAAGAGGGUUUUGAUUUAUUAACACCAUACAUAAUCAACGAUGGAGAAAGAACAUCAGGGUUGAAGUUUGACAAGUUCUUAAGGGAUACCUUUUUAAACUUCAUGUUCGCCGGGCAUGACACGGUUAGCUCAGGCCUUACGUGGUUCAUUUGGUUGGUGUCCACACAUCCUGAGGUUGAGAAGAAUAUAAGGGAAGAACUUAGGGCUAUUAUCCCACCAGAAGAAGCUGAAAAAUGGAGGCUUUUUACGGCUGAUGAGUUGAAAAAUGUGAUUUAUUUACACGCUGCAUUGUGUGAAUCACUGAGGCUAUAUCCCCCUGUCGCAUUUCAGCAUAAGACUCCACUAGAACCUGAUAUUCUCCCUAGUGGCCACCAUGUUCAUCCUAAUAUGAGAGUGAUGAUUCCUUUAUAUGCAAUGGGAAGGAUGGAAUCCAUCUGGGGAAAGGAUGCCUCGGAAUUCAAGCCACACAGAUGGAUUUCAGACCGUGGAACGAUUAACUAUGAGCCAUCUUACAAGUUCUUUUCUUUCAAUGCAGGACCAAGAACAUGCUUAGGAAAAGAAGCAGCUUUCACUCAAAUGAAAGUAGUAGUUGCUACUAUCAUCCAUAAUUACCAAAUUGAAAUGGUGAAAGGUCAUGUUGUUUACCCUAAUGUCUCCGUUAUGCUCUACAUGAAACAUGGCUUUAAAGUUAGAGUUAAGAGGAAGUGGGCAUAGUACUUUUAUAUUUAUCUCUAUGUGGAAGGAUAUAGUCCAGUCUCAUGAAUACUCGAGCUAUAAUGUUACUUGUGUUUUAUGUUCAAAUAAUGGGAAUGUCACUAGCACAAAACU